AUGCCAGGAGAGCGGCCCCCAACUCUGCCCAGAAAUUUGCAGCCCUGCCAAGUUGCCAGCAGCCUCGGGUGCCCCUCUCAACAGCCCCUCAAGGACCACAGCUCUGCCAACAGGACCACCCGGGGCAUGAGAGAUGAAGGCAACAAGGCCCAGGCCCAAGGUUCCCCUCAAGCGCAGCUGUCUCAGGCCAAAGAGGUAAAGCAAGAGGACCUGCUACUGAAAGCGCAGGCCCCAGCAGGAGAGAGCUGUGCACAAGCUUACUCAUGGCUGGCUGGCAGGAUGGAGAGCAGUCACCCACCGCUCCACAACCUAAGCACUUCAAGGAUCAGAUGCAUCCUGGAUGAGCCAACUACAGACCUACGGCAUGAAGUCCCCCAGGUGUCGGAGACCAAGGCUCUUCGGGUCCAAAAGACCAGAGCCCGCCGCAGGCCCAGCAUCCCAAGGGCCCUCCCCUCCCCGGAAGAGAAUGGUUCCCAAAGGUGCUUUCAGGAGGCCCCUUCCAGCUUUACCUCCACCAACUGUACCUCACCAAGUGCCACCCCUGGGUCCUUACCCCAGAGGGCCUCCCAGAGCAGUGGCACCAGCCCCCAUAGGCCUGCUUCUGGCCCUAACGUCCAGGCCAUUGGGACCAAUCCCUGGCCUCCUGCUGCUGAAAACAGCUUCCCAGGUGCUAAUUUUGGGGUCCCCUCUACAAAGCCCAAGCCCUUCCCUGAAGGGAGCAGGGCUAGCAGCCCCCAGAGGGUCUCUGUCUCCUACCCUUUCCCUGUAGAGACGGCCCAGCAUGAUCAGGCACCUGGGACAAUGUUGUACACCUUCCACCAGCCCUUGGUGGCUUGGUCUGAGGAGGCCCUGGGUACAAACCCUGCCUACCCAUCCCUACCCUGCAACCCAGGCCAGUCGGUGGGAGCUAACACUCCCAGUGAUCUUGGAGGUGCCCUCUCCCCACCUGGUGCUGCUCACUUGGUCCCAAGCCCCUUCCAUGACAGUUUGCACAAGAGCCUGACCAAAGGCCUUCCUGAAGGGCCCCCUCCCAUUCGUGAUGGACUGGGAAGUCCCAGGGGUCCCCCAAAUCCUCCACCACAAAGGCAUUUUCCAGGGCAGGGAUACGGAACUAAUGGGGUGGGUACCAGCCCAGUGCCUCUGGACACAGAGCUGCCCACCUCUGGGCCACCACCCGCUCAUCUGCCCCAGCUGUGGGAUUCCUCAGCAGCUUCCUACCCCACAUCCACCCUGGGACCUGUGGUUGCUGCCAGGACAGCCUUCUUCGAAGACCAGCAGCUCUGCCUUCCCCAGAGUCCCCCGCUGCCCUGGUCCCCGGCGCUUACCACCCCUAUGCCAAGUUCCCACCAAAUGGGGGUGCUAAGCCCACUGACAUUCCCCAGGGGGUCUUCUGAGUGGCAGGGAGACAGCCAGGGAGCUCUGAGUGCUUUGAAUACAAUCUCCAGGCCUGGGGAGACACGGUCAGCUCUCAGGAGCAGCCCUGGUCAGCCAAGCAGUUCCCCAAGGCUGCUAGCCUAUGGUGGGUUGAAGGACCCUGGAACCCAGCCCCUGUUCUUUGGGGGGAACCAGCCCCAGGUGUCACCCCAAGGAGCCCUCAGCCUUCCCCCACCCAGGGUGAUGGGAGCCUCUCCCAGUGAGUCCCCUCUUCCGUCACCUGCAACCAACACAGCCAGCAGCAGCACCUGCUCGUCUCUGUCGCCACCAUCCAGUAGCCCAGCCAACCCCAGCUCUGAGGAUAGCCAGCAACCUGGACCCCUCAGGACCUCAGCCUUAUUCCUGCCCCCCACCCACUCCCAGGACACCAGCAGCCCCUUCCCUUCCCCAGAGCCCACACACACCCUCCCUACAUGCUACCAAUCAGAGUCGGCCAAAGCCUUCCCUCUCCCCACAGAGGGGUCAGGAGCUGAGGAUGCCUUCAAGAGCCUGGAGGGAGCCCCGUUCCCCCACAAGAGCCCCUCCCUGGGCAGAGACAGGGUGCAGGGCUUUGCUCCACAGCCACCACCGUACUCUGCCCAGCACUUCUCCCUCAGCAGCGCCAGCCUGGACCAGCUAGAUGUACUGCUGACCUGCAAACAGUGUGACCGCAACUACAGUAGCCUAGCAGCCUUCCUGGAACACAGGCCAUUCUGCAGCCUGCUGCUAGCCAAGACCAAGGAUGGUCCCCUGCAGCCUCCGGGGCUACCCACACCCACCACCACCUCAAAGGCACCAACCGAUGCACACUCGGGCUUGCUUGAACACAACCAGACUGUCCCCUUCCUGCUGACCAGAGAUGACCAGGGGGACAGCAAAGAUGACUCCCUGAGAUCAGGCUUCCUGCCCGCCAGCCUGGCUGUUGCCCCAUUCCCACUCCCCCCCACCUCGGACCUUGACAUGGAAGAUGAUGCUAAGCUGGACAGGCUCAUCACUGAGGCACUCAACGGCAUGGAGUAUCAGUCGGACAACCCUGAGAUAGACAGCAGCUUCAUUGAUGUCUUUGCUGAUGAGGAGCCUUCAGGCUCCAGGGGGCCCAAUGCUGGGCAUUCCCUCAAUACCCAGCUGGGAGCAACUCCGAAGAACACUACCCAGCCCCAGCUCCCGUCCAGAGUUGUCAUGCCAGAAUCUCAAACUCCCUGCACUGAAGACAGGAGCUGCCCAGCCCGAAACAGGCCCAAAACCCGCUCCCUGGGCUUGGCAUCUGCAGAAGCAGAUGCCACCACCCUGGUCAGGCAGCAGAGGAGAGGGAAACAAUUCAAGUUGUUUCGGAAAGAGCCGGGUGUGACCAAGAGCACUAAUAACCCUGCCAGAGCCAUCUGCCUAAGACCAAGGAAGAAGGGCCACAGUGCUGAGCGGCCCCAGCCCAAAGACCGUAGAAGUCAGGCUCGCAAGGGCCAUGCUCACACAGACCUCAGCACCCCCAGGACCUCCUUUAAAGAGACCAGGAGCUCCAAGCACCUGCAGCUGCCCUCUGGGAAAGACACCAGGAAAAGGAGGGGUCGAGGUGGCUCCUGGAGCAAGGAGCUCAUCCACAAGAUAGUACAACAGAAAAACAGAUGCCACCGGCGGCAAGUACCACGUGGCCAGGUCUCCCACGUCUCUCUGUUGCCUGCAAGACCACCUAGCACCCAGAAGGGCAGGCUCAGGGGCCAAGGCUAUCCCUCUGAGUCUGAGGAGGAGGGUGGCAUGCAGCAGCGGGAUUCAGGGGGUCCUGCCCAAGACUGUUCCCGCCACAGCGGCCAACGGUGGCGCCAAGGCAAGAAGAGAAAGAAAGAGGAUGCGACCCAGGACCCAAGAAAGGUCAUGAGGCAAGAGGCUGGUGAAAACCAGGGCUCCCUGACUCCAAAGAGGACACACAGCCUGUUGCAGAGCUUGGACGCUAGAGAAGUCCCUGUGGAGAGAGGCUCUGAGCAUAGUGAUCACCCCACAGUAGCCCCAAAACAUCCUCCACAUGUCCUCACCACCACCGAGACCCAAGAGGAAGCAACCCUGGGCUUCCCCCAGGAGGUCAAGAAGCUUGAAGUUGCUGCUGAGCUACACCUGGACACCACAGAACUCACAGAGAGGUCCCGUUCUCCAGCAAGCUGUGGCAGGAAGAGCCCCAGACCCGCUGCUCCAGUGAUCCCACAGGCUGACAGCCCCAGGCCAUCCAGCAGUCACCCUGAAACACUAUCAGGAAAGAGCAUGCCAGCACCAGAUGCAGGCUGUCGACUGGGUACCUCUGGGUGCAUGGAGUCCCCCGGUUUGCAUACCGGAGAAGACUCCUCUGCUGCUCAGCCUGGAGGGUGCCUGGCACCCAUUGAUAAGGCGGCAGAUCCUUUCCACACUGAAUCCAGAAUCCCGGUUUUCGAGAACUCUGGUUCUGGUUGCAACCUUGACCACUGUGACAGACACUCUAUAGGGUGUCCAGCUGCCAAAACAGGGCCCCUGCCUAACAACGACAACCCCUGUGAAUUAUUCCUCGGAUCCAAGGACCUAGCUAACUGCUUCCCUGAAGAUCUGUGCUCCAAGCCUUUAGCUAUGGACACACCGCCAGCCGGCAGCUGCUACCUUGGGCCACAGAGUAUGGAGACUCUUGAGUCAGCUCCACCAAAGAAUCCACCCUACCGGGUUGAAGCAGACCCAGGCAAGGUGCCUUCGCCACUGACCUUGGAAUCCACAUCCCUAUUUGCAGGUCUGCCUGAAGAUGGAUUUGAUCCACCACUCUUUGACAGUUUGUCUGCAAACAGGGUCACCCAUGUGCCCCUGGUGUGUACUGACCCUCUCCCUAAGAAACCUCUGACAGAUCCCCUGUAUCCCCCGUUCCUGCUGCUGGAGGAAGUUUCUCCGGUGCCGCCUGGCCCCUUUCCUGGCCUCUCCAAGGGAAAAGUACUCGGUAAGAAGUGUCGCUUUGAGCAGACAGUGUCUCCCAGCCCUCCUGUACCUGAGAAUGGAGGUGACUGUAGUGUUACCCUAAUGAGCAAUCUGUGCGCAGAUGAACUAGAGAUCAAAAGGUUGGUGACUGAACUAGAAAGCCAGCUGCAAGGGAAAGGGAGCACACAGGGGGCCUUGGGAGAGCCUGAGGAAGCUGCACCAGAAGGCAGGAUGGACCCAAGCCCACGGCAGGCCUCCCUGCUGCCCGCACCUCCGUCCACCUCACCCCACAGAGACAUCCUCUCAGCAGCCAACCUUACAAGUCUUGAGGGGUCAAGUUCACAGCAGGAAGGGGCCCUCAGGAACCCCCAGAAACAGUGGUCGUACCUAGCCUCCUGCCACACAGGCAGUGCGGCAGCUCCCCCAGGUACCCAGAAAGACCCUGAUUCUGGGGCUCCUCUCAGUCCUAAACAUUUUAGCCUCAGUUUUCGGACAGUGCAGGAGGCCAGCAUCUCCAGCACAGACUGUCCAGUCCCCCUAAGUGACCCUUUGCCUGACUCCAACAAGCAACAGGCACCCUUGUUACAUGCCGAGAGCUUAGUCAAGUACAGCCCAAACCAUGAGCUUUUGUUUUCUAAAAAUAAUGAAGUUUCUGGGACAGGGGAGACUUCCCCACAGCUGCUUCCCAGUAAACAUACAAGAGGGCAUUCUCCAGACCCCUGUGAGGCCCAGGAUCCCUGCCCCAGUUCCUCUGCACUAGAAGGAUUCAACAACCCCAGUGCCUACCUGGCCUUAGAGCCCAACUUGGUGCUUAAGGGUGAAGAGGGUGUCACCUCCCCUCCAAGUGUUAGCUCCAGCCAUGACUCCAAAGGACACCUUGAGGGUCAAGCAGGAAGUCCCAUAGGAACGAUGCUUACCAACCCCAUUGCAAAGGAUCCUGGCUUUAAAGAUGAGUCUGUCCCUGCAGGGGCCUCUCCACUCUCUACUCUCCAGAGUGGCAAGGCCUGGUCCCAUCCCAUACCAGAUCCUUCCUGGGUGACCAGUGCCCCCCAUGGACAGAGGCCCCAGGAACCAGCCUGUGCCUCCUUUCCUCUGCUCCAGAUCCUGGGUGCUAGAGCCAAGAGUGAAGACAGUACUCAGGGCCUUCAUCCUGGGGACCCCUCGGAGGCCAGUGUGAAAGGGGGCUCCUCGGAGGCUGUAAAGAUGCCAGCUCUAACUACAGACAUCCAGAAGAAACUGAGUUCCAAAGUAGAUGGACAUCUGGGCUCACCAGGUCAAUCUAAAAAGACCAAAGGCCAAGGUCAAGCUAACAGAUUUCAACCAAAGAACUGGAGGAACCUGGGGAACCCGGACACACUUGCUAAGGUCGGGGCCCGUUUGGAAGAGAGGCCGGCCAGGAGCAGAGGGGCACGUCAGGGGAACCGAGCAGCCCGGAGCUCUAGGGAAGAAGCCAUGCCCUCCACAAGUCCCACCCACCCUGAUGGCACAUCCUCGGCUUCUGUCCUGACCACACCUCCUCUCCCGACAGAGCGAGCGGAGGGAAGCCCAGAGAGGGCAGUCAGCCCACCGCUGCUGUUUAGCAAUAGGGACCUGGCCCUCUCUGCCACCUCCCCAGCCACACCUACUCCCAAUGACCUUGAGUCCCUACCCCAGGAAGACCCUGAGGCCAGAGUCAAGCCUAUUGGGCCACCAGCACCUUCCUCCUACGCAGAACUACCCAGCCCCUUCCAUCAGCCAGCCUAUGCUGUCUUGGCACCUCUGGGAAAGGCCAGUCAUGGCCAAGACUCCAAAGCUGCUGGGCCACUAACAAUUCCUACAUCACCGGUAACAAGUCACUGUGGCUCUGAAGAGACUUUAUCCCACCACUCACUCCCAGGGACCAACGGUCCCAAAGACCCUUCCUUGGGCCCACUUGGCCCUAUCAGUUUCUCAGCCCCUGUAAUACUUGACAGGGACAGCCCCAAAGGUAUCACAGUAAGAACAUUAGAAGAUUCUGGAAAAGAGGAGCUGAGGACAUCUCCUGCCCAUGCCACUGCUCCUCCCCCAGAGGGUCCCAGCUCCCCCAAAAUAAUCAUCAAAACUGCCCCUCUGACCAGCAUUCCCACCAAAGAUGACCUAGAUUCAGAGGAGAGACUUGAGGUGCCAGACCCCCACUGCAUGGAAAUCCCACCCCUCAGAAGCCCAGAAAGGACAUACUGCAAGGACCCUUCCUUAGGGGCCCAGAGCUGCACACCCUGCCCUGGCCAUAGCGAAUGCCACAGCAUUGUAGCUGUGCCCACAGACCUUGCUACCCUGGGGACUACAGGACCAAACUCUCAGCUCUGCCAAGAAGAUGAGGCAGCAGCCAGCAUCAAGGAACAGGACAACCCAGGGACACCUGGGGCAAGACACUCUGAUGUGACAAAGGUACCCAGAGCCAAUGCCCAAGGCACGCCCGCAGGGCUUCACUUGGCCCUGACAGCUUCUCUAAGCUGCACAGCCCCUGACUCCAGACCUGAGUCUCAACAGCAUGGAAUCAGUAUAUCUCACCCUUCUCCCCAGAAGUGCCCCUUCAGUCCCAAAGAGUCUAAACGGAGGCCCCGGGGCUUAAAAAAUAAGCCACACUCGACAGAGAAGAACCCAGCUGGGCUACCCAUGAUCUGUGACCUCUGUUCAGCCUCUUUCCUCUCCAGAGCAGGCCUAAGCCGGCACAAAGCCAGGAAGCACCGGCCAUGCAGGGAGGCUAGCUCCCAGCUGAGCCCUAUGACUGUGCCAGCUUGCCAGCCUCCAGAUUCCAUGACCCAAGCAUGCCAGACCCCUGGGAAGAAAAGCUGCAAGUUGCUUGGGAAAAGAAGACCAAGUCACUCACCCAUAGGCCCUGGCCACUCUUCUGGGCCACUUCUCCUCCAAGCCUCUACAACAUCUGAGGACACCGUGGGUCCUGAGAUGCUGAAGGUGACUAGUGAGAAAUCUGAGGGACUCAAGACACCAGCUGUUCCUCUCAACCAGCGACCACACACCCCAAGUCUGACUGAGCAAGGAAAGGGUGCGAAGGUUCCAGCCUCUAAACCAAGGAGAGCAGAUGACUGCCCAGCAGACCAGCUCCAUCCCAACCUUGCAGAAGUGAAAGGCCAGAGACAAGGUGGGGAGCCUGCUGAUUCCUCCAGCCACUCAGAGAAGAAAUCAAACAAGAAAGGGGGAAAGCCGAGAGAGAGGAGGGAGAAGCAUGGUCCUAGAGACACUGCCCACGUGACUUCAAACAGGGACCUCUCAAAUCCACCAGCCACACAUGGCAAUCAUUUCACCCCCUUGAGCCUCUCACCCAAGGGAGAAUGCAGAGCAGCUGUUAGGCCACCACCUCUAUCCCCCACGGUAGAGCCCAGAGUGCUGGAGGACGAUACAGAUAUGGGCACAGGGGCCCUGGGUCCAGAAGCAAUGCCAAUACAGAAUGCCCCCCAAGAGUGGCGAGUCUGUCAAGGGAUGAUAGAUAGAGAACAACCAGAUGAACAGAAGGCAGCCUGGGCACAGUGGUUCUGGGGACCAGGAGAGGCCAGGCCAUUGGAUGGUGGAGGAGAACCAUCUCAGGCUGUUGAGAGCCAACCUGCAGAGGACAGCAGAGGUAGGUCAGAUGGAGGCGUUGGUAAGGGGACAUCUAACUCGCCUGACGGCACACAUGGUCUUAAAGUGAACAGCACCAUCAGCAGCUGCCCGCAGAGUCCUAUCGAUGACUCAGAAACCCCAAGUGAAGUUCCAGGGCCCAGGGGCACCACUCCUGAAGCCCCCAGCCCAGGUCAAAGGGAACCUCUAGACUUCGAUGACGAGGUCUCCUUCUCUCAGCUCUUCCCCAUGGAUGGCCGCCUCACUCAGAAGAAGAACCUACGUGUCUACGGGAAGCGCUGCAAAAGGCCAAAGCGCCCACCACCAAAGGAGCCCAGCCCUGAGGUGGUAGACAAUGCCUCGCUCCUCUCCACACGCCUGCCCACAGAUCUCAGUGACUCGGGCUCCCUCUGCCUGUCCCGUGAGGAAGAGGACCCGUGGGAUGAUGAAACCAGGAGUUUGCCCGAGUCCUUCCUCCUAGAUGGGCUUCUUAGCAGUAAGGCACCUGGCCUUGACCCCUGGACCCCCAGCUUCAGCCUGUGGGCCCUGGACUCCAACAGAGAGGCCACCGAUAUGGAGGAUGGGCCCUCCUGCUUCACCGAGAACCAGGAUGAGUGGUCUGAGGCCAUUCCCCAGCUGCACAUGGUCCCAGCAGCCUGGCGAGACCUGGAGCUGUGUAGCCCUGCCUGUGAAACACCCUCUUCCCUUGGAGACAUGAGUCCAGAGCCCCCUAACCUGGAAAGAGAACAUGAUGUUAGACUUUCCGGGAAUGCUGGCAUGCCCCCACUUUAUGUUAAAGACUUUGAGGUGCUCAGCACCCAGCUGGAGAUACAAGACCUGUGCUUUCUAGGACCCUGUGAUGACCUUGCUGACCUCCCCAACCCGAGCAUCUUAGACUUCCAAGCCACAGCAAACCCACAGGGGCCUCCGGACAAAAGAACAGAGGAAGCUGCCAGGGCCAGGGGAGCCAAAGGCAGAGACCGGCCAGUGAAGGGUAGGAGGGCCACCUACAAGUGCAGGGUGUGCUUCCAGCGCUUCCACAGCCUCGGUGAGCUGGAUCUACACAAGCUGGCACACAGCCCCUCGCCGCCCCCUACUUGCUACAUGUGUGUGGAGCGCAGGUUUGGCUCUCGGGAACUUCUUCGGGAGCAUCUGUGGGAAAAGCACGUUCAGGGCAAAGCCGGGCCAUGGGCCUGUGGCAUGUGCCUGAAGGAGGUGGCCGAUGUCUGGAUGUACAACCAGCACCUGCGGGAGCAUGCAGCCCGCUUUGCCCGAAAAGGACAGGCUCGGCAAGCCCUGGGAGACCUGCCGGGGUGCUUGGAAGGGGAGGACACUCUCACGCAUUUCCUGAACAGUAUUGUGGAGCGAGCAACCAAACCCCAGAGGACCAAGCACUCAAUUGGCAGGGCCAGCAAGGAGGCAUCAGAGCAAGAAGGAGAAGCAGGGAAGAAAACCCCAAGGAGAAGGGUGAAACACAAGGUGCCCGGCUCAGUCACUCCCAGCCACGGCCAAGAUGGUGCCUUGCCCUCACUCAGUCCGGCAACCGAAGGAGGCAGCCCAUCCGUUCUGACCAACAGCUCUGCCAUCUGCUCUGGCUCUGUCAAGACACCCCCGACUCCAUCCCCAGACCCCUGGUCCCACAGUGAGUCCCUCCUCCAAGCGGUCCCAGUGCAUGAGGACUGCAAGGACCCCUCCCGCGACUGCCACCACUGUGGAAAGCAGUUCCCCAAGCCCUUCAAGCUGCAGCGCCACCUGGCGGUGCACAGCCCACAGCGUGUCUACCUGUGUCCCCAGUGCCCACAGGUCUACCCUGAGCACUGGGAGCUGAGGGUGCACCUGGGCCUGACCCACGGGGUGAAAGAGGAGAAGGAACUGCCACACAUGCCUCUCUAUGCCUGUGAGCUCUGUGCCAAUGUCAUGCAUGUCAUCAGGAGGUCCUUUGUCUGUAGCUCUUGCAACUACACCUUUGCCAAGAAGGAGCAGUUUGACAGACACAUGGACAAGCACCUGAGGAGUGGCCAGCAGCCCUUCGCUCUCAGAAGUGUUAGACGGCCCGGAGUUCCUGGGAGGAAGACCCAGGUCCCCCAGGACGUGCUACCCAGCAAGCAGCACAGGGUGGCCAUGCCCUCCAGCCCUCCUGAGCCCAGCACUGACCGAGGCCCAUCCACAAGCAGCCCCACUCCUAGAGAGGGCUCCCUCCCUGCACUACCCCUGAUCUGUUCAGAGUCAGCUCCUAGCCCCAUACUAGACCAGCCCAGUUCUCAAGAGAGGCCUGUGGACCAGGCAGACCACUCACUAAAGGGGAGCGACCCACCGUUGACUGGCCAGGACCAUCCACCGCCAUCCUUGUCUCCUUUCUCAGCUGCCUCGGCUGAAGGUACAGGUGACUGUAAGCUGGACAGAGCCCUGGAGAAACCAGAAAAUGAGGCUUCCUUAGGCAGCCUUGAACCGUGUAGGUGGCAAACUCCCCCAGGCGAAAAGAGAGCCCUUCAGCUGUUCUCAGGAAAACACAGGAGCCCAGGCACCAGAGGCAAGUGUGCCCCUGGCUGUUCCCCAAGAGACCCUUCCCAGCUCCAGAAGGAGAGGCUAGCAACCGCACACCACACGGUACCUGAGGGGAGACAAGAGGUUCCCUCCCAGAAGGGAAGUGCCACCAAACCAGAGACCUGCUUGAGUUCCUCCAAGCACAGAUCAGCAGCGCCCCCUAGCAAAGUGCUAAAGCUGCCCCCACCGCCAAGAAAACCUAUAGGGGUGGGGACCCCUCCAUGUGGAGGGCUGGUCCAGAGUCAUGAGGAAAAGGGAAGACCCAGCACUUCUAAAGUUAAGCUGAGACCCAGCUCUCAGGGCAGUGGGGGUCUACAGCCCCCCACUCAGACAGGGGGUGGCAGCCAGCCCCAGCCAACCAGUGGACAGCUCCAAAGUGAGAUGGCUUCCACCCCCACUGAGCCCAGCUGUCCUAGCUGGGGGAGCUCCACCCCUGACCAGCCCCCACCUCAAGCCCACACCAAGGGCAGCACCCGGGGUCCCAGAGAAGCUGAUCAUCAGGGGGUCCAAUUGCAUUCAAGUCCCAGGGAGAAAAGAGAAAACAAUGAAAAAAAGAGGAAGGACCAGGCCCUGGGACUGGCCAGGCAUGGAAACAUGGAGAGCAUGGGGAGAGCCCCCUCCGCCCCUGAAAAGUCAUCCAGGGCCCCUCGAAAGCAAGCAACUCCCAGCCGAGUUCCCCCUGUCAAGUCCAGACCCAGUAGCCAGAGCGGCAGGACAAGGCCACAGUCAUCAGCACAGAAGAAAGGGGACCUGGGCCACACUUCUGAAAAGGGCUCCUUCCCCCAGGCAAGACCCCUGUCCAGGCCAUACAAACGGGUCAGAACUGUCUAUGGCGUUGAACACAUGGAGCCCCGGGAACACCGGACGGCAGAGGCCCAGAGUGACCUCCUCAGCCAGCUGUUUGGGCAGAAACUGACAAGCUUCAAAAUCCCUCUAAAGAAAGACAAUUCCCAGUAGUCCACACUAGAGGGU